AUUACGUGUCUCUAUUCUCUCUCCGUUUCUCUCCGUACACGUCUCCCUCUUUCCCUCGAGCAUUUUCUCACUCUCGCUGUCACUCUUUUAUCGGGGAAACUCUCUCUGUAACGGGGUAGCGAUGAACGUUCAAUUUUACCGACCAACUUUUUGACUUCGACAAACUUAUCGCGCAAAUAUCGGAUAUCAUGCUUUAUUCGGGGUAUCUGCAACUCUUGUUAACGGAAAUUUAUUGAAGAUGUUUUGUCAAGUUUGGAUGUAUGUUCAAAUAUGUUAAGUGAAAAAAAUUAUAAUUCUUAAUGAGAUGGUAAGUUUAAUGACAGUUUGUGUUUGAGGUUAAAAGAGGAAGUGACUCAAUUUUUUAGUGUCUUUACCUCUGAAUGCAGUGUCUGACAUUUUACCAUUCUUCACUUCCUUUGACAAUGUAGCAUUGAUGACGUCACUCUGCAGAAAAUUUUUGUUAAUAGGAAUCGAGUGGACAAGUAUCUAGGGACCAGAUAUCAAGCGGUCGAUAGUAGGUGGACAGAUAUCAAGCGGUCGAGUACUGGGUGGACAGAUAUCAAGUGGUCGAGUGCUGGGUGGACAGAUAUCAAGCUUUCGAAUACUAGACGGGCAGAUAUCAAGCGGUCGAAUACUAGAUGGACAGAUAUCAAGCGGUCGAUAGAUUUAUCCGUGAAGAGGAUUUUUUAACUUCCAUUGUAUUUGACAUGAUAGCAUUAGCUGAAACAGACAAAGGUAAAAUCUGGACUAUACCUCAUCCAGAAGCUGUGCCUUUCUACAAACAAAAUCUUUCACAACCAAACUCAUUGUCAAUAGUUACUGUAAGUAGAACUUUUGAAAUAAAGUUCUAUGAUAAAAACUGGGGUGAAAAACAACGACUCUUUUGGAACUAUAUAUAUGCAAUAAUUCAAAAUAUUAAUCCAGCUGAUACAGCUACUGAAGCAGAGACUGAGUUGAUCAAGUUAGGAUCUUUUCUUGCUCUAACAUUGAUGCGAUUUGCUAUAAGAAAAAAGGAGCAAGUAAGUCAUUGUUUUCAUAAGGAUAAAUAUAAGGAAAACCUAGCACAUAUGAAACUUUGGCCAGCUGAAAAACCUUUCUCUCCACCAUGCGAUAGAUGUCUUGAAAUUUGUGAGAAUGGUUUGAAAAAAGGACUUCGUUCCACUUCUCAUAUUUUCACUAUAAUAGUUCAUGAAUUUGUAUUGACUAAGAAUCCUGAUUAUCAUAAUUCAAGUGCUGCUAUAUUUCUUAAAAAUGCAGUUUUAGCUGACACUGCUAGAAAUGGUCUUGGUAUGAUCCAACUAUUGCAAGAUGUAUGCACACUUACAUCAAUGAGUUGGAAAGAGAUAAUGGAAAAAACUUUAUGGGAAGUUACUGAAACAUCAUGGGAAAGAAUCAGUAAAUUUUUCCAGACCCAAUAUUCUGUUGAUAAUCCUCAACAUAGUUUUAAUUGGACUAGAAUUAUCGACGAUCGAUACUUCAAGGAUUUAACGCAAAAAGAAAAUAUCUUCCUAGCAACAGUGUUUGCUGCUGUUAUAGCAAAAGUACAUGGACCUGGAAUUUGGAAUGCUGAAUGGGCCAAAAAAUCCAUAAAUUUUCCAAAUGCCAAAAUUGAAGGAUAUAAACUUCAUCAAUAUUCUCAAAACAGAAAAAAUACCUAAAAGAUUUGGUAAAGUUUGAGAUCCAAGAUUUAUACACCUCUUAUGAAAUAUGUAUUUAAAAUAUUAUAAUUUAUUACAUUAUGCUACAAUUAAAUUUUAAGUAUUUCAUAUACUUCUUUAUGUACUAUACAAUGUUUCACAAGUUUGACUUCUGCAGAUAUUUGCAGAAAAAUAUUGAUAUAUUGUAAUAAGUAACUUUUUAGUUUCAUUUUAUGUUUUAUUUGUAAUUUUUAUGUAAGUAGAAAUAUUUUACUUAAUAAGUAACAAAUGCAUAUAUAAACUAUUUUUAGUUUAUACAUAUAUUUAACAUAUUAAAGAAGAUAUAAAAGUUAGAAAAGAUAUAGAUUUGUGUAACAUCAAAAAACAAUAGAUUUAUAUCUUUUGUUUUAUGCUAUUUGAAAUAUUGCGCACAUAAAAAGUACCUACUCAAUAUUUAAAAGAUUUGUAUUCAAAUAAUACAUUGUAUAAAAUACAUAUUUUUCACACGUGUAUUUUUAUAUAUUUUAUACUUAACUAUUCAUUAUUUCGAUAAUAUUAAAAAUAUAUGAUCUAUUGAUAUUAAUUGAUUAAAAAAAAAAUAAAGAACUUAAAAAGUAUAAGUUCAAAUAAAUCAAUACAUAUCCUAUUAUAUGAUGAACCUUAACUUUAGAAGUAUUACUCUUUUCUAUUAGUCAUUAAGUAUAUACAUAUAUAUUC